UCACGCACACUUUCCCCACCCACUCACUUGCUGAAUUGGUGGUGUGAUCUAUUUAGGGCUGUCCCGAUACAGUGUACAGUUUUCUCCCAGAACAGUCAAACCUGUAAGGCGCUGGUAUGCUAGGACUCUUGCCCACUCAAAGGGUAGAGAAAACAGAGAGAGAACUGAGAGUCUGAGAACCUGACGACCUACAUGCCUUCAUGGGGAACACCAGUAUUACGGAAGGGAAGACUGCCCUGUCUGUGGGCGGCUCUUCAAUAGCCAGGGGCAAGACUUCCAUCACAAUGGGCAAGUCCUCAAUCACCCGUGGGGUCACCACUACCUCUAUGGGCGACUCUACCAUAACCAGAGGCAAGACCACCAUCUCCCUGGGCAGAGCCAGCUUCAGCCGAGGCAAAACUACAACCUCCAUCCGCAAGGCCCUCAUGCCCAAGCGCCGGACCAAGUAGAUGGAAAAGGGAUCCACAAACGCUGAAACAAAGACCAAGACUUCAAAAGCAAGAAAGAGCACUGAGAAGGACGAGACAACCAAUAUACAGCAAGAGGAAGACUCAAAAGCCAAGGCUUUUCUUUUACUGAGAAAGACCUGCUUUUCAAAAGGGAAAAUCAAACUCAUGAAAAGCAAGAAGGCCAUCUCAUGGGGGAAGACGGUUCUUUCGAGGAGCAAGACCAAACUGAGGAAGGGAGAGACUGCGUUUGUGGUGGGUACAACUACAAUCACUCACGGGGAGACUACUAGUUCUUUGAGCAAGGCCACUUUAAGUCAAGGGGAGAAGUCUGUCACUGUUGUUAAGACUUCCCUUAAAAGAGGCAAAGAGACUCAAUGGAAUCUCUACUGGGAUUUUCAUCUGUGAUUUAAAGACACAAAUGCAACUGCAAACAGUAUAUGUACAGUAUACAUGUAUGUGUUUCCACAAAGAAUAACUUAGAAUAACAAAGAAUAACUGUAGCAGAGCGUUUAAGCAGGUUGGAUGUCUUGUAAGGUGCAAGUGUUUGCCAGCUUGCUCUAGAAUCGCACACAAAUGCAUUCUAGAUGCAAAAUGAAGUGUAAGUGUAUCUUAAAUUGGCUUGGAACUGAGCAUGAUGUGUUUGUCACUGAAAGAGAAUACAGAUGAUUUUAAAUUAAAGAUUUGUCUGAGAACAUGUUCAGAGAUCAGACACCAAUCUGGUUUUCAUGAAGAGAACAUGCAUGCAUGUGUGAGGGUGUGCACUGCCACAAUUAGAAUGGCUGCUAUUGUCCACAUGCAGAAGAGGGUCUUAGUUUAAUAAUGAUCCAGAAUCCAGAUCUGAGAUUCUGUUUUGCAAGUGGAAUUGUAUCAUUUAAAUGGACUAACCAAGUCAUAGUAAAAAACGUUAACUUCAACCAUAGCCUUACAAUAAAAAUGUGCAUUGUUCAUUCUUUGACUUGUUAAUCUUACAUUAAAUGUAGCAUGAAUCAACCAGUAUAACAAUGAAUUAAAUCAGAAUUGUCAAUAAAUAGACCUUUGAGAUGGUCA